UUACCAUUAAUUAGGGAUAUUUUACUUUGUUUUUCUGAACAUGUUUAGGACAAAUCUCACAGACUUGUAAUGCAUGUGGAUCCACACAGUGGCGCUGAACACCCUCAAACCAAGUGGGCCAGUGUGUGCGGAGCAGAGCGCAACUAGAGAACUUGGAAGGCUCGCUAAAUCUCACAGCAAAUCCCUUUAGCUCGAGCUGACAUGGACUGACUUAUCACUGAGGGAAGUUUCAGGAAAUGCAACAGGUGGAGGAGCCGAGGGAAUGAACCGUGUGUCGUAAGUGUUUUUUUAAACUUACGAAAAGAAACCAAGCUCUCGUUAGCGUCCCGGGCUAGCUGCUGAGAGUACUUCAAGGUGUCUGUGGGAGUCGGAUAGGGAAACAACUGCGCACUCUUUCACACGGUCAGGUGCCACCAUGGAUGACAGCCUGAAUGACUCCAAUGUAAAGGUCGCUGUUCGUGUGCGACCAAUGAACAGGAGAGAAAAAGAGCUAAAGACAAAAUGUGUCGUAGAGAUGGAUGGGAACCAGACGGUUCUGCACCCGGCCAUCAUCAACUUGAACAAAAGUGACUCCCGAAAUCAGUCAAAGGUUUUUGCCUAUGACAACUGCUUCUGGUCCAUCGAUGAAUCUCAAAAAGACAAGUUUGCUGGUCAGGAUGUGGUGUUCCAGUGCCUUGGGGAGAGUCUGCUGGACAACGCCUUCAUGGGAUACAAUGCCUGCAUCUUUGCUUACGGACAGACAGGUAACAUCUUAACCUGCAGACAUCUGAAUGAUGGGUACCAUUAGCAAAGGUCCUGUAGUGGAAGCACUGUUGUUGUCAUUCUAGCCAUGGCAUAUUAGUUUUAGUGAAGCUGCAAUAACACGUCAAGAUUUUCUUCUGAUUAAAGAAUGUUUUGUAGAUUUGUCAUUGAAAGACAAAAUACAUAAUAAAGAGGCCGAACAGUUGUACUCCUGAUUGAUGUUAAUCUACAAAACCCAACCAAACUCAUUACUUACAAAAAGAAUGUCCACAUUAAGAGCCUACUUACAAAAGGAAGGUUUCAAGACUUUAUUGUUAACAGGACGUUUUGUUCGCGUUGGCUUGUGUUUCAUUCCUGCUUAUUACUCAAUUAGGCAUCAUUAUCUGGAUUUUCUUUUUUUAAUCUGACUGCAGCUUUAGCAUUCAGAAAACGUUCCCAUUCAACGGAGCAUGAUAUAUAAAUAAUAAUAUUGCAGACGCUGUGCAUUUAAUUGUUGGGAGCCAAAAGCAUGAAAGCAAUUGAACUUGGCUCCCUUAACGUUUUGUCUAUCUUUGACAGAUAUCUAUAUAGUUGUAAAUGUCAUGGGGGUUUCUGUGUUUAUGGGAUAACUUUCUGACUUUGAAACCCCUUUUUCUCUCCAACAUAUUUAACCACUCUGCCGUUUACUAGGAGACUGAGAGUGAACGUCAUCACAUCUUCAGACGGUCUCAACCAGGCGUUACAUUUGAGGGUGUUUCAUUUUGCAAUGAUUAUACAUCAAAAUCUAAACCAUGACUCUGUUCAUUCAUCCAUUUAGAAUUUGCAUUAAGGUUUAAGAAGUGUUGUGCGAUAUCUGAUUAUUCCUAGUCACGCGUACAGCUUAUUUUUUCAGAACCAUCUGCAGUUGGUUUGCAUUCAUAUGCUUUAUGAGUGAGCCCUUUUUUCUCACUUGCUUUCACUGCUCCAAAUCACGUGUGUGUGUGUGUGUGUGUGUGUG